AUGUCUCUGCAGUUCAGCGAAGAAGAGUUUCAAGAGGCAUGGAGGGAACUGGACGAACCUCAACUGGAAGGAGGAUGGGAGUUUUUUACAGAGAGCAUGGGUGUAAAAAUUUAUCGCCUCUACGACAAGGAAACCGGUCUGUAUGAGUACAAAGUCUUCGGUUCUCUUCCCAGCUGUGCUCCAGAACUUUGCGCAGAUGUCUACAUGGACUUGGCAUACAGAAAACAGUGGGAUGGUUAUGUCAAAGAGCUCCAUGAGAAAGACUAUGGUGGACAAAAGGCUAUUUACUGGGAAGUGAAAUAUCCUUUUCCACUGUCCAACAGAGAUUAUAUUUACGUAAGGGAGAGGAGAGAUCUUGAUGUGAACGGGAGGAAGAUCUGGGUGGUCCUGGCUAAGAGUGCAUGUGUGUCUGAGUGCCCAGAGAAGAGUGGCGUCAUCAGGGUGAAAGACUACAAACAGAGCCUGGCCAUGGAGAGCGACGGAGACUCUGGCACCAAAGUCUUCAUGAACUACUUUGAUAAUCCUGGUGGCAUGAUUCCAACCUGGCUGGUUAACUGGGCAGCUAAGAGCGGAGUUCCCGGCUUCCUGACUGAUAUGAAGAAAGCCUGCAACAAUUACUCAAACUACUGCAAAAACAAAAAAUGAUCAGGAUUUUCUCACAGAGCUGCUGAAAAGAGUUAA